AUGAUCUGGUGGUGGUUGAUCCUUACAUCUUGUAUAUACGCUGCCCCCGUUCACAUGGGGCCGACUCCAUUCUGGACGAGUGUCCACAUACAAGAUCUGACCUGGAGGCCCGAAUGCAUCGUCGACAGGAACUGUGCUGACAUGACAUUCACCGUAUCUUUUGAAUCAUCGACAGGUGAAGGAAGAAAACAGGCCUCGUGGCCAUUAAGUCAGAUCACUGCAGAUGUAAGCAUUGUAUUAUAUAAUACAACAAAUUUAUUUAUUUUUUAGAUUGUCAUCUUUUUAUUUUAGACUUCAAACGCCGAACUGACAGUAUAUUGGAAGAACUCGGUCCAAGAAAAUAUUACGAUAGAUUCGAGUUUGACAGCUACAGAUGUCCUCUUCAACAUUCCCAGACCAUGCGACCAAAGUGGUUCUUUAAGAACUUUUGUUCCGUCAAUCAAAGCAUUGGCUUCGAAUGGCCCUUCUUCUGAAUAUUUGGUGAAUCCUGAGGAGACUCGGAUUGUGGGAUUAGUCGGGAAAUGCUACCAUGCCGUGGCCGAGAUAAGACUCUAUAAAGGACGCUGUCCUUGGUGUCUGGAGGAUAAAAAGGAACAAGGAAAGGAAGACGUCAUUGUAACCGUAAGCUUGACAUCUUCAAUUCUCAUAUGAUCCCACAAAAAACUAUGUUGUAUAUUUUAGGACAAACUACAGUUGACGGAGAUCUUAGAAUCACCGUACCUAAUUGGCGCUGUCCUUGUUUGUUCGGCAGUAUUUUUCAUUGGGAUUAUCCUUGGAUCGUACUGCCUCCACAAGGCCUAUCAGAUCCAUAAAUACAACGAACAUUACACUACGACAUCUCUCCCGGACACAGUCUUCAGGGAACAAUUGCGUUCUGUUUCCAACAUUCCCAUGCCUCCUAUGUUGCGACCUCCACUUCUGCCUACUCAUCAUCAUCUGAAUAGCGACGGACCGUAAGUAGAUUUAUAAUUAAUAAGCUCUCAUGACAAUGACAAGGUCAAGAACAAGAUCGAUUACGUAACGGCAGGUUAUAUGUGUGCUCAUUUCAGAUAUACAUACCCUCAAUAUGAGACUCUGGAUUCGGUAGUCGAAAAGAAAGAGGCCAACUAUGACUCAGCCCUGGAUUCGAGUGAUACGGACACUAGCCCCAACGGUUCCUUCUCCGAGAAGCGAGAAGACAAAGGAGAUUAUGUAUAA